AUGAGCUAUGACUACCAUCAGAAUUGGGGCCGCGAUGGUGGCCCCCGCAGCUCCGGCGGGGGUUACGGAGGAAGCUAUGGAGGCAACCAUGGAGGAGGCCAUGGGGGGAGCCGAGGCUCUGGAGGUGGUGGCGGCGGCGGAGGGGGUGGUCGAGGCGGCCGAGGCCGACAUCCUGGGCACCUGAAAGGCCGCGAAAUCGGCUUAUGGUACGCGAAGAAACAAGGCCAGAAGAACAAGGAAGCAGAGAGGCAGGAGAGAGCUGUAGUUCACAUGGAUGAACGGCGAGAAGAACAGAUUGUGCAGCUGCUGCACUCAGUGCAGGCCAAGCAUGAUAGAGACGAAGAAGCACAGAUAUCCUGGUUUGCUCCCGAAGACCACGGAUAUGGUACUGAAGCUCCUGCUGAAAACAAACCAAAUUCAGUAAAGAAAGUUGAGCAUCAGGAAAAAAAAAUGAUAAAUCAAGAAAAGAGGCCAUUUAGAAUCAGGGACAAAUACAUUGACCGUGAUUCUGAAUAUCUCAUUCAAGAAAAUGAACCAGAUGCAAUUCUAGACCAACAAUUAUUGGAAGAUUUACAAAAGAAAAAAACUGACCUUCGGUAUAUUGAAAUGCAGCAUUUCAGGGAAAAGCUGCCGUCGUAUGGAAUGCAAAAGGAAUUGGUAAAUAUGAUUGAUAAUCAUCAGGUAACAGUGAUAAGUGGUGAAACCGGUUGUGGAAAAACCACUCAAGUUACUCAGUUCAUUUUGGAUAACUACAUUGAAAGAGGAAAAGGAUCUGCUUGUAGGAUAGUUUGUACUCAGCCAAGAAGAAUUAGUGCCAUUUCAGUUGCAGAGCGAGUGGCUGCAGAAAGGGCGGAAUCUUGUGGCAAUGGUAAUAGUACUGGAUACCAAAUUCGGCUCCAGAGUCGGUUGCCAAGGAAACAAGGUUCUAUCUUAUAUUGUACAACAGGAAUCAUCCUUCAGUGGCUUCAGUCAGACCCCCAUCUGUCCAGUGUUAGCCAUAUUGUGCUUGAUGAAAUCCAUGAGAGAAAUCUACAGUCAGAUGUUUUAAUGACUGUUGUUAAAGAUCUUCUCAGUUGUCGAUCUGACCUGAAAGUAGUAUUGAUGAGUGCAACAUUGAAUGCUGAGAAAUUUUCUGAAUAUUUUGGUAACUGUCCAAUGAUACAUAUACCUGGCUUUACUUUUCCGGUUGUGGAGUAUCUUUUGGAAGAUAUAAUUGAAAAAAUAAGAUAUGUUCCAGAACAAAAAGAACACAGAUCCCAAUUUAAGAAAGGUUUCCUGCAAGGGCAUGUGAAUAGACAAGAAAAAGAAGAAAAAGAAGCAAUCUAUAAAGAACGCUGGCCAGGUUAUCUAAGGGAAUUGAGACAAAGGUAUUCUGCAAGCACUGUAGAUGUUGUAGGAAUGAUGGAUGAUGAGAAAGUUGAUCUGAAUUUGAUUGCUGCCCUUAUUCGAUACAUUGUUUUGGAAGAAGAGGAUGGUGCAAUAUUGGUCUUUCUACCAGGCUGGGACAACAUCAGCACGUUACAUGAUCUCUUGAUGUCACAAGUGAUGUUUAAAUCAGACAAGUUUAUUAUUAUACCUUUACAUUCUCUGAUGCCUACAGUUAACCAGACACAGGUGUUUAAGAGAACUCCUCCUGGUGUUCGGAAAAUAGUUAUCGCUACCAACAUUGCAGAGACUAGCAUCACCAUUGAUGAUGUAGUGUAUGUAAUAGAUGGAGGAAAAAUAAAGGAGACGCAUUUUGAUACUCAGAACAGCAUCAGCACAAUGUCUGCUGAGUGGGUCAGCAGAGCGAACGCCAAGCAGAGGAGAGGCCGAGCUGGGAGAGUUCAACCUGGUCAAUGCUAUCAUCUAUAUAACGGUCUUAGAGCCAGCCUUCUAGAUGACUAUCAACUGCCAGAAAUUUUAAGAACGCCUUUGGAAGAACUUUGUUUACAGAUAAAGAUUUUAAGACUAGGUGGAAUUGCUUACUUUCUUAGUAGGCUAAUGGAUCCACCAUCGAAUGAAGCAGUGUUACUCUCCAUAAAACACCUGAUGGAACUGAAUGCUUUGGAUAAACAAGAAGAAUUGACACCUCUCGGAGUUCACUUGGCACGAUUACCAGUUGAGCCGCACAUUGGGAAAAUGAUUCUUUUUGGAGCUCUCUUCUGUUGCUUAGACCCGGUGCUCACCAUUGCUGCUAGUCUCAGCUUCAAAGACCCCUUUGUGAUCCCACUGGGGAAAGAAAAGGUCGCAGAUGCAAGAAGAAAGGAAUUGGCAAAGGAUACUAAAAGUGACCACCUGACUGUCGUGAAUGCAUUUAAGGGAUGGGAAAAAGCUAAGCAACGUGGUUUCAGAUAUGAAAAAGACUAUUGCUGGGAAUAUUUUCUAUCUUCAAACACAUUGCAGAUGCUGCAUAGCAUGAAAGGGCAGUUUGCUGAGCAUCUUCUUGGAGCUGGAUUUGUAAGCAGUAGAAAUCCUCAAGAUCCAGAAUCUAAUAUAAAUUCAGAUAAUGAGAAGAUAAUUAAAGCUGUCAUCUGUGCUGGUUUAUAUCCCAAAGUUGCUAAAAUCCGACUAAAUUUGGGUAAAAAAAGAAAAAUGGUGAAAGUUUACACAAAAACCGAUGGAGUAGUUGCUAUUCAUCCUAAAUCUGUUAAUGUGGAGCAAACAGAGUUUCACUACAACUGGCUUAUCUAUCACCUGAAGAUGAGGACGAGUAGUAUAUACUUGUAUGACUGCACAGAAGUUUCCCCAUAUUGUCUCUUGUUCUUUGGAGGUGAUAUAUCCAUCCAGAAAGAUAAUGAUCAGGAAACUAUUGCUGUAGAUGAGUGGAUAAUCUUUCAGUCUCCAGCAAGAAUUGCCCAUCUUGUUAAGGAAUUAAGAAAGGAACUAGAUAUCCUUCUGCAAGAGAAGAUUGAAAGUCCCCAUCCUGUAGACUGGAAGGACACUAAAUCUAGAGACUGUGCAGUGCUCUCGGCCAUUAUAGACUUGAUCAAAACACAGGAGAGAGCAACUCCCAGGAGCCUGCCACCACGCCUCCAGGACGGGCAUCACAGCUGA